AUGUUUUGUUGUUGGUGUUUGGCAACCCGUAGGAUUGAAAAUGGCUGUGUGGCUUUUUUGGUUGAUAUCUUGGUGGGCCAUUUUAAACAUUCUUGCCGUGUUGUAUUUGAUAAGCACUCACUGCGAUUGCUACUGCAUUCCAGGGUGUCAGCUCGUGUUGGCUGUGUGUGUUGACCUUGCUUAGGGAGCAUUCCUUGCGUUUGUGUGUUUCGGCGAAAAUAAUUGUUGAGAUUGCAUAUCAGAGCAAAAGUGGUGUGUGUGUGUAUGUGUACCUGCUCGUAUUGUGCUUUUUCUGUCAUAAGCACGAGUUCUGAGAUGAAUACUAAAAUGAACUUGAUGUGUUUGAAUAGCAUUUCGUGUGUGGCCUCUGAUGACGAAAGCACAUUCAGUGUGUGUGCACCCUAUUAGAAUUACAAAUUAUCUGCUUGCAUGCCAAUGUGAACCUCAUGUGUAUGUCAGCAACAUUCAUUAUCAUGACUGCACACUAAUGCAACACUGGUUUAUGUCAAAUUCGUACGUUCUCAGGAUUGCUUACUAAAGAAAACCCACAAACCCUGUUUGUGUCUGCAGUGAGCUCGAUUAAUCUCGGCAGCUCAUUUCAAUAUGCGAAUUCUGCAGUGUUUUUAAUGUGUGUGACAUCAUCUUUGCAUUCACGUUGUGCAGAAAUAUAAAAUGCACAGCCCUGUAAGAGAGGCAGGAAGGGCUGUGCAGGCCUGUGGUCGUGCCACAUCAAGAAUGCAGAAUGGUGGUGUGCUUUUUUUUUGUGGCUGGAAGCAUGGAGGGCGAGUGGGGGUUGGUGCUUUGGUGUGUGUGUGACCUGUGUGUACGUGUGGAGAGUGAUAGUGUAGUGGUUCCCGUGGAUUGCACACUGCGAUCCUGACCACCUGGGCUCUGUUAUCAAGCGGCGCACGUCAUCAUCAUUGGUAAAUGGUAUCUGAACCCAUCCUGGCUUGCCCAUAGGUUAUCCCAAUCUUAAAUUGAGAACCUGGUGUAGUGUGUUAACAAUCAGCAAUAGGGAGGUAAAGUCAAUAAGGGUAUAUGGUCUGAUCACACCACCACCACCUCAUUUACCUUGACGUCCUUAGUGGAUGAUUGGUCAUAGUGUUUGCGUCAUUUGUAUCACCUGCCCCACUGGUCUAUAAGACUAAACUGGGAUCUUUGUAUGUGUACAGUCGGGCAUGACAUCGGUGCACUGUUGCGAUCAUCAAAUACUCGUUGACAGUUCAGCAUCACAGUCAGCAGCAGACACAAACGGCAGGGUCGUCUAUCUUGGCAGAUGAAUUGGGUGACGUGGCAACUACAUAAAUCGUGACGAUGCAUUUUUAGCCGAUGCUAUUAUUUGAAAGAGGGGUAAAAAAAAUAUUGGGGCCUUUUACCAACUUCGUACUUGAAUUGUACAUAAGCGAAUUUGAACAGAUGUCUUGUUGAUUUAUAAGGAGAUCCCGUUGUUCAGCUCUUGCUGCAGUAUAUAAUUAAUUGCGUCUUAUUAUUAUUAGCGAAUGGCUGUGUGAAAGAAAAAAUCAUUAAGAGGUUGGGACCGGAUUAACGGCUCGUGCAGUGUUGAAGCUCCCCAACCUUUGAGGCCUGUCAUGCACACGUCGGCAUGAGCAUGCAGUCUGCUCGUGUGCAUCGGUAGUUUAGUGUUCGAUAAUUACCGAUACGUUAUGUAUUUAUUUCGAUCAAUGUAAACUGCACACAUUCACAUUUUACUCAUCGUAGCAGUGUACGGGACACGGGGUAUAUUCAUGUUGAUUCCAGGAUACACAUUACAAACCUGUUGUAUUUGAAGAAUAGUUCCUAAAUGGAUGGAUGAACUGAAUGAACGUGAUGUGUAAUCAGGCUUUCUCUAAACUGAUCACCAUGGGUGACAUGAAAACGCCAGACUUCGAUGAUCUGCUCGCAGCCUUUGAUAUCCCGGACAUCGAUGCGAAGGAAGCCAUACAAUCCGGGGGUGGAGAGGAGGGGGAGGGUGCGGGGGGCCUGAGGCCUGGCGGCUGCGAUGAGACCGGCGAGGGCGCCGCCCAGUCGGCGCUGUGUGCCGACGGUGGCGCCGUGAGCGUUAUUGUGCGGCACACGCGCAGCAUCGACGCUCCCUUUGAGCAUACGCUACCCACCAAGGAGGGCCCCCAGCUGGAGCACGUCACCGUGCAGAAUGGCUUCGCUGUCGGGGGCUCGGGCGGCGCUGGCGGCAACGGCGGCGGCGGCAACGGCGGCGUCGCCGGAAAUGGCGGCGGGGGUGGUGGUGGAGCCGCGUCCGCCUCCGGUCUUGGUCUUGGCUUCGGAAAUCAGGAGCCGACUUUCAAGGCCAGCGGUGCGCCCAAGGGUGGCUCGGAACGGUAUGGCAGUGCGCAGCAGAAAGCCGAGGCGUUGAGGAGCGAGGAGAAUGAAAUGAAGGAGUCGAGCUUCUGCCAGUUCAGCCCGAUCUCGAGCGUUGAGGAGGGCGAGAUUGAGGAUGACGAUGAGGAAGAGGAGGAGGAGGACAGCGUCAAGGCCGUGGCCGACCCGGCGCCCAUGCAGAGGCGUUCGUCGGAGAGCUGCAGCUUCCUCGUGGACCGGCUGCUAGGCCUACACAGCGCGACGGACACCUACAGCGGGAACCUCCCCGCCGGGGUGAGGAGACCGAGCAGAGAGGAAAAAUUUCCACAGUUCUCUGGCGCAAGCGGCGGUACCGACCGUGGUGUUGCCGGCAGGGCGAAACCUGAUGCCAAGAAGGAGAAGCGUGAUGCCAGAGGAUUUGGCGAGCAGAGCAAAGGUGGCACGGAAGGCAAGCAGUAUAGGCCCGGGGAUGCGCACAAAGCAACAGACGCGCGGCAUAAACACUCGGAGAAGGCACACAAGGCGUCGGACAGCACGUACAAGUCUGAGGUGGCACCGAAAUCCACGGCGACGCCGUUCAAACCACCGGAAGGGGGACAAAAGCCUCAGCCUGAGAGCGAGCACAAGCAAGAGAAAGAGGUGAAGGCGGUGGGGGGAGUGAGAUUCCCACGAGCGGACGAGGCCAAGCCCGCCGUUGGCGGCAGAGCUUACAAACCGGCGGACGGCACGCUCAAGGCGCUGGACUGCAGCAGCAAGGGCACGGAUGUGGAACACGCGUCCUGGGAUGGCGAGUUCAAGGAAGAUGACCCUGAAGAAAUGGCGCUGGAGGACAGUAAGAAGCAUCUGGAGGGAGAGCUGAAGGCUCUGGAUGACCUGGAUGAACAAAUGCUGUUGGAAGAAUCAAAUAAGCAGUUUAGCGAGGGGAAGAGCGAGGAGUCUCCGCAUUCGGACGAGCCACCAUCGGACGAAGAGCACAAGGAAAAGGAGGAUGUGGCCAAAAAGGAGCCAGAUACGGGGGCUGCAUCUGACACAGGGGACGAAGCUAAAGAGCCCAAGAACGAGGAGGGGAAGUUGGGGCCCGCGCUGGAGACGAGUGCUUCUCGUCAGCUUGCGAAAGCGGCAGGAGGUGGCACGAAGCUGUCAUCUUGCAUUGAGGCCAUCGCUGCCCUCAAUGCGAAGAAAGCUGUUGCUGUGGAAACAAUCCCGAACGAGACGGUCACCAAGGAGACGCAAGAAAGCGAAUCCGCGGAGCCCGCAGGAGUCGCAAAGGAGCCGGUGCCCAGCGAGAGCCCCAGCCUGGGUGACAAGCCACCCCAAAGCCCCCUGGAGGUCGUGAGGAAGGCGUCCGUCAAAAUGCCUGACAGCCCGAGGAGCGUGUCGAGUGAGACCAGCAGCAAGGGGUCCCCGGCACCGUCCUCCCUGUCAGGUUGCGGGGGUUCGCCUCCCGCCAUCCCGAAGGUACGAAUUCGCACCAUCAAGACGUCGUCGGGCGAGAUCACGCGGAUGGUGACGCGCGUGAUGCCGGCCGUGGACGCGGAGGGCAUCGCCAGGCGGACGCCGGACGCUUCUCCGGGCGGGGCGUCGUCUCUCAACGGUGCCAGUGCACCGUCACCUGGUGGGGUGCCUCUGGGUAGCCCUGCCGGCACCUCACCGCAGCAAGCAGCGGCGGCGCCAGCGAAGAAGGCGGCGCAGGCGGCGCUAAGUGCUGCAGCCGCAAUCGCUGCUGCCGCUGGCUCGACCGCUGCUUCUGCCGGAGCGCUGGGAUCCAGCGUAAAGGGCAAUAACCCAUCGCAGGUUAUCAACAUCAAGUUUGGGGACAAUACCACAAUGAAGGCCACAGUCCUCUCGCCGACGACGGGUUCUACAGCCUCUGUGCAGGCUGCCAGCCACGCCAUCUUGAAGGCUGCCAAUGUAGUAAAACAGCAGCAGCAGCAGCAGCAAGCAACGGGCACCAUGGUCGUGUCUGCUCAGACAGUCGUCGGCACCAAGAUUCUGCCCAAAGCCGUCCAGCUGGCCAGCCUCAACCUGAUCCCGCAGACCGCCGCGCUCGCGCCGGUGGGCAUCGCUCCAACCUCGGCCACGUCGGCGGUGACCUUCGUGACCCAGGCCAUCACCUCGGUCCCCGCCGUGGUGACUUCAGUAGCCCCGUCGGUGUCAUCCGUCGUUCUGGCCAAGGACACGCACGUGCAGACGGCAUCGCACGUGGGCUUUGGCCGCCCCGCCGGGCUCCAGGGCCAGCCUUUGCUGCGCAAAGUGGUGGCUGCAGCCGGACAGACUGGCGGGGCACAGAGCUCCGUGGUGGAGGCCUUCAACCGCCUUCUCAACGGCGCCAACCCCGUGCCGCUCUACACGCCCAACCUGACCCCUCCAGCGACGGCCGGGCUCGCCAUCCCGACGAGCGGCUACCGCUGCCCCGAGUGCGGUGACUCGUUCUCGCUGGAGGCGAGCCUGUUUCGGCACUACGCCCGCCGCAGCCUGCGCAUCGAGGUGACGUGCAACCACUGCUCGCGCGGCCUCGUCUUCUACAACAAGUGCAGCCUUCUGUCGCACGCGCGCCAGCACAAGGAGCGCGGCGUGGUCAUGCAGUGCUCGCACCUCGUCAUGAGGCCGCUGCCCCUCGACCAGUUGAGCGUACCGGGCCCGGAGCUCACCACCGUGGCGCCGGGCUCCGGCCCGUCGUCCGGCUUGCCCGACCCGCCCACGGGAGCCGCCGGGGCCGGUGGUGCAGCGAACUCACAAAGCCAGAGUGCCCUGGGCGGUGUGAUCAGCGGCUCGGAUGGCCCGAGCCCCUCAGCCGCCCUUCCCCUGCAGGAGGAUCCCAUGCGCCUGACACGCUACGGCUCGCGCUGCCUCGAGUGCUCGCGCCAGUUUGUGGACGGCCCGUCGCUCGCGAAGCACUUCCAGCAGCAGGACGACGCGGCCACCCAGACGUGCCAGGUGUGCCAGAUGUUGCUGCCCAACAAGUGCAGCUUCGCGGCACACUCGCGCAUCCACCAGCACAAGUCGCCAUACACCUGCCCCGAGUGUGGCGCCGUGUGCCGCUCAUCGCACUUCCAGUCGCACAUUAAGGACAUCUGCCUGCACUACACGCGCAAGGUCGGAUACAGGUGCGUGCACUGCGGGCUGAUCUUUGCCGAGCUGCCCGCCCUGAAGACGCACAUCCAGAGCACGCACUGUGAGGUCUUCUAUAAGUGCCCGCUGUGCCCCAUGGCGUUCAAGUCGGCACCGAGCACCCACUCGCACGCCUACACGCAGCACCCGGGGGUCAAGGUCGGCGACUCGAAGAUUAUCUACAAGUGCUCCAUGUGCGACACAGUGUUCACGCAGCAGACGCUGCUGUGCAGCCACUUCGAUACGCACGUCGCCAAGCAGAAGGUGUCCGUGUUCAAGUGCCCCGACUGCGCUCUGCUCUACGCGCACAAGCAGCUCAUGCUCGACCAUGUUAAGAGUUCCCACGGGAAGUUGAAGAGCUCGGAGGGGCCCCCCAACCUGCCUGGUGUGCAGGCACCCACGGGACCGAGCCAGAGCUCGGCAAAAUCCAACGGCGCCAGCGACCAGAACACCAAGCCGGGUCGACAGGCCGGUGUGAACGGCUCCAGCAGCCGCAAGCGUGUCCCCACCUCGGAGAAGGCGGGCAGCGGAGGCACCGGCGGGAGUAGCAGCCGCAGGCCGGCAAGCGGGCGCCGCCUGCGGCUGAAGAACUCGGGCUGGACCUGCUCCGAGUGCCAGGAGCACUUCUCGGAGCGCGAGGUCUACGUGAGCCACGUGAAGCGCGUCCAUGGAAAGCCGAUAAAGAAGUACCCUUGCCGGCAGUGCGACCGCUCCUUCAGCUCCUCGCACAGCCUGCGGCGCCACAUCCGCAUCAACCACGAGGGCAUCCGCAAGGUGUACACCUGCUGGUACUGCGAGGACGCAAAGCGCACGUUCACUAAGCGCUUCAUGCUGGAGAACCACAUCCGCUUGAUGCACGGCAUCAAGGACCCCGACUUCUCCCAGAUGCCGGGCAUGAGCGCCGGCAGCGACGAGGCGGAGAACACCAGCCCGGAGGCUGGGAACAAGCGGCGGGGUAGCGGCGACGAGGGCCGCGUGCCAGAGGCCCGCGCCCAGGCCAUCACGCGGCCCGUCAAGCGCCUGCGCGUGGGCGGCGCUGGCGGGGCGAGCGGCCCCGAGGCCGGUGGGCCCGACCGGCCAUACAUGUGCGCCAAGUGCGAGUUCACGACGGAGAAGCGCGAGGAGUUCCAACGCCACAUCCCGCAGCACCGCACCGACGGCAUUGCGUGGCAGUGCAGCGAGUGUGGCCUCUGCUUCACAUCGCAACCGUCGCUCAACCGCCACCUCUACAUCGUGCACCGCAUGCGUGCCAGCCCCAUAGAGACCGACUCGUCUGACCGCGGUGGGGAUGGAGGUGACGGUGCCAGUGCUGGCGGCACCGGGGAGUCGCUGAGCGGCGGGGCCGGCGGGGGUAGUGGCGGUGGUGGCGGCGGCGGCGUCCCGGAAAACGGUGCCGACCAGCCUGGGGGCACGCAGCAGCCGUCCCACCACCACCCCGCGGCCGAGCACGGCACGGGCGCCACCGGCUGCACCGUCUGCGGCAAGACCUUCGACAGCGAGGCGGCGCUCAACACGCACCUGCGCACGCACGGCAUGGCCUUCAUCAAGGCCAAGAGGGCCGGUGCCACCGACAAGUGAAUGCGGCACGAGCGCGGAAGGGGGGGGUGGUAGGCGACAGGGGCGGGUGGCCGGGGCCGCUCUCGUUCGGUCGCAGAUCGGAAGCUCAAGGUGCACGCAAUCCUCGCUUGACGGCGUUCGUCACGUGGGCUGUAGGGUGUCAUCUUGGCCACCGGACAGCAACCGCUUACCAAGCACCAGUUUGUCCACUUGUGCAUAAACAAAUGGUGUUGUAAGGUGUUGUUCCUCCCUGUUAAAGGACAGUGCUGUGAUCUAUAUUCUUGAGUAAAGCAUCCAUUGGGACACACAAAAGGGAAUCGAGCACAAUAGCAGGUGAGGAGCACAACGCACUGCUGGAAGUGGCCUUGCUCUGCAUGCCAGACUGAAAGCGCACUUGAGAGGCGGUAGUGCGGCCUUGGGAGCGGCAACGGGGGAGUGCGGCGCAGGGAAGCCAGGCUCGGUGGCCGUCACCUCUGCUCACGGUGGAUGUUCACACGGGAAGCUGUCAUGAAAAGGGACAGCGGUGUUAUUUAAGUGACUGCCGUUCACCAGAGAUCUGCUCCGUUAUACAUUUCAAAAAAAAAAUAACGACUCUGCCAACGUUUGUUUAUGUCCAGAGGGUGCAAAUUGAGCAUGUGAAGUCUAACCACAACUUCGUACAACAGCUCUGCGGGUGCACAUUUAAUGUGUUUUAAUACGACAACGGUGCACAGCACGCGCACGUCGACACAGGUCCUUGCACAGGGUGAACUCUUCCCUUUGGGGUGGCACACGUUAACUUGACCAAAGCUACGACCGGGGUGGGGGGUGGGCGGUGUUGCCCUGCCUUGCGGGAGAACUGAAGUGGCCGGUUGCCUGCCAUGCUGUCCUGGCAGAGUGUUGUUGUUCAGUGUCUUUGCCACCCACUUUGGUCCUUAGGUCGGCGUCGCGUUCGUUGAAACCGCUGUGGCUUGUUCGUGGAGCAUUCCGUACGCGGGCGAACAGCAACACAUUACACAUUUUACUUUGUAAUGCUGCCAAAUCUUACGAAACUAUCUUUUUGGAUGGAUUUUUGUAAAUAAGUGUUCUACUUUUAUGUGUAAUAUAUAUGGAUUUUUCCAAGUACAGUAUAAUAAGGUUUUAAACCUGCUUUUUAGAAUGGGGCACACGCUCCCCGAGAAUCUGUUCCUCCGAUUGCCCCGUUAAAAUUGGAAAUCAAGAGAAUUAAUGUUUGUAAAAUAGUGCGCACAUGAAAAUGUGAAUCUUUGUUGGAACAAUUUUCAUUUUCCACAUGACUUGGUGAUAUCGCAGUGUUUUAACAUCGCCAUGAAAUCUAACAUUUUAGGGUGGGACGUAAAAUUAUGGUUUUCCCCACAUCAAUGAAUAGCCGACAGUUAUUACAGAUAUCUGCGUACGGUUUGUCUAAAUUCUUUUGUAUUUCGGAACGUUAGCCGUGUAAAUGCUGUUGCUUGUGACGCAGACGAUGGUGUGCGAUUGCGGUGUGCACGCCACACGCGCACAACGCCGCCCGCGUACACGCGCGGCGAGGUUAACGGACACCGGGCGAUUGACGGUGGCGUAGGCUGGCGCUUGGUGGUCAGACGUUUUUAGAGAAAUCGCGCGAGGUUUCUGCAGGACCAGUCUUGCAGAGAGGCGUGUCUAUAUCUGUACUUUAUUACAUUUUACAUUUCUGUAAUUCUUAUUGUUUUGUUUUUCAUCAAACAAAAUCGGUGGCUUUUUAAAAAAAAAAGACGUUAGUCACUUGAAUAGCUAUAUAUAUACGUUGCUUUUGAGCUGCUCAUUUGUAACAGUUCUUACGCUCAACAUUAGUAAAAAAACAUUUUAUGUUACACUUAUGUUAUUUAGCUAAAUGUAAGCAUUACAAUAAAAAUCUGUAUAGUUCA